AUGUGGGAGGUUGUCUGGACAGACCCCGACAGGGAGUCUAGGAAGGAGCAUCGCGACCGCAAGGCCACCGAGCGAGAGCAAAAGGAAAAGUCCCGCGCAGCUAGAAGCUCCAUGUCCACCCGCAGCUCAUCGUCCUCCGACAACAAGCCGUUCAGUUUCUUCGGAUCCAGGAGUCUUAAGAAGACGUUUACCCCGUCCACUAAAUCAUCGGCUCUCAAGGCGCCAAGCAUCGACAGCACGCGCAGAGGCUCGUUGCUGUCUGCAGUCUCGGAGCCGCCCCCGUCGGAGCUACCCUGCAGCCCCGUCACGACGGUUGCCACGGCGGAUCGCACUUAUAUACCCGACCAUUUUAUCGAGGACUCGCAGAGCUCUCCGAGCUCCAACAGAGAUUCCGUGUUUUCAAAAUGGACAGACAACUCAAAAUGGACAGAGACCUCGUUGGCGGUCCCGUGUUCGCCGUGCACUGCAUCCGUGGCCGAGUCGUCGGCCGGAAAAGCCUCCCACUACGUGCAGACCCUUGGGCCUACGUCGUUCAUCACCAAAAGCACCGAGGUGACCAUCCUCCCCCGGACCACCGAGAGCGAGUUGGCCGGCAUGGUCUCUCAUGUCACGAUAACGGCAGAGCCUGUCAAAGAGGAGCCGCCGACGCCGCCGCGGUCUCCAGCCAUACAACCGCAAACGCCUGCUUUCGUGGACAGCCCCGUCAACCUCUUUCCGGGACAGCCCACGCCGAGGCAAUCCCUCCGCCGGGUGCCAUCGUGGACUACCUCCUUCAAGCCCAACAACCCAGACGCCUGGAAACCACCCGACGCCUGGGACUGCUCUCCUGCCGAGGUGCGGACGCCGAUGAUGGACGACGUCAUUGAGGAAACGCCAGAGCUCGAAACCGGACUCUCCCUGUCGAUGGACCUUAGCGGGAUGCAGCGCGAGGUGAGGCGUAUGGCCGCCGCCAGCUCCAGCAUACGUCUGCUGCGGUUGAAGGAGGUCUGGGGCGACACGAACGACGCCAGUCUCUACAAGGAGCUUGAGAUGGAAAAGAAGCGGUGGAUGCUUUCGUCCCUGCACAAUAUGGACAAACCAAUGGACACGGACCAGACGCGAAACGCCCCUAACAAGAUCACGCCGGCCAAGGCAAGAAAGGUUCUUGCUCUCUAUGAGACGCAAGCAACCACUUCGUACCUGGCAGCUGUCCACUUCAACAAGCAGGUCUACCACCUCUCGUCGUCUCCUCUGUCCCACACCCUGUUCCCCAACAUCCAUCCGGUCCUUGCCCCGGCCAUCUCUCCGUCGGCCUUCCCCGUUGCCUCGUCGCUCUUUGGCGCGGUGUACUCUCUCGGCCUCCCGGCGCUGCUCCCCUCGCCCGAGGUGCCCGGCCUCUUGAAGAACGUCCACCGCUGCCUUGCCCAGGGAGGCACGUUCCACCUCACACUCAUCGACCCUCUCCCCGUCACAAGCACCCUGGGCCCACGCAUGCGCUCCUGGAUCGAAGACAACCUCAUCUUCAACCUGGAAAAGAACUUUCGCUGCAUGAACCCGAGCAAGCUGUUCCCUCUCUGGCUGGCAGACGCUUCCCUCCGUGCUGAAGGCAGUACCAUCACCACCGUGAAGUUCUUCGCCAUCCCGCCCACCGACAAGCCGGACACAGCGACGACCGACUCUGAGCAGCUCGCGGAGAGAGCCAUCAAGCAGGAGCUCCGCAGCCUGGUCGGACGCAUGCUCUGGAAAGAGGUGUGGGGACACUUCAUCACGGCCGACCGGUGGUGGUGGGAGCACCCCGACAUUGCGGAGGAGUGCGACCAGCUCAAGACCUCGUGGGAGUACAGCAUCAUCGAGGCAGUCAAGGAUGCGUGA